CUGCCAAAUACGAUUCACGGGAUGAGGAAAAAUGGUCGCGAGCACCCGUGUGCAGAAGCUUAUCAGACGAUAUAAACUCCCUAUUGCUGCUGGUUUAACGAUCUUGCUGAUCCAGGGCCUGGUGGUAUGGAGUCUGCGGGGUUUGGAGGAAGGAGAGGCUGAGCGUAAACACAGGCGGUCCAAGUUGCCUGACCACAAUGGGCAGGACCAGAAGAUGGACCCGGCCACCUUCGAGAGGCAAAACGCCCUGUCUGGGGCGAACAACGGCCCGUGGAGGGGGAGCCUGGAUCGGCCCGCUGUGACCGGCAUCAUCAGAAAGUGGUCUAGAAGAAAAAACAACAAGUCCCCUUUAAAAGACAAGAGUGUCGACAGGCCAGAUGAUGGAGGGGUGAUUGAGAAGGUACUGCACUACGAUCCCUCGAGCAGCCGUAACUUCAGCGAGCCGCGUGCCGGAGAAAUGGCCAAAAUCCAUCUGUUGGCUCCAGGAGAACCGGGCAGUGUCGAAGGUGCCCCUCAAGUUCCAAAUAGUGACUUUGUGCCCAAAUGUGAGAUCUCUGGCAAAGAUGCCCUGUCUGCCCUCCACCGUGCAGGUUCACGGCAGUGUAGACAAGAGAUCGCCAACAUUGUGUGCCAGCACCAAGCAGGACAACUGAUGCCACAGGUUUUGCCUCAGUUUUGUCCACAGCAUGUAAUCUCCAGUGCAGUCCAGCAUUUGGAUUUUACAGACACGGACGUCUCCAAGGUUGAUAACCCGGUCAGGGUAGUCUUUGUGCUGGUGGUUCAUGGGCGAGCAGUCCGACAGCUAACGCGUCUGCUCAAAGCAAUUUAUCAUAAGGACCACUUUUACUACAUCCACGUGGACAAGCGCUCAAACUACAUGCAUCGGGAGGUGCUGCGCCUGGCAGAGCGCUACCCAAAUGUGAGAGCCACGCCCUGGCGCAUGGUCACCAUCUGGGGCGGUGCCAGUCUGCUGAAGGCGUAUUUGCGCAGCAUGCAUGAUCUGCUCUCAGUGCUGGACUGGAAAUGGGACUUUUUCAUCAAUCUCAGCGCCACCGACUUUCCCACCAGGACCAAUGAUGAGCUUGUGGCUUAUCUGUCUCAGAACCGUGACAAGAACUUCCUUAAGUCUCACGGCAGAGAAAAUGCAAGGUUCAUUAAAAAGCAAGGACUGGAUCGAUUGUUUCACGAAUGUGACAACCACAUGUGGCGUCUGGGCGAGCGCACCAUCCCUGAAGGCCUGGAGGUGUCCGGAGGCUCCGACUGGUUCGCCCUCACGAGGAAGUUUGUGGAGUAUGUGGUGAACUCUCAUGAUGAGCUGGUGACGGGCCUCAAGCAGUUUUACACCUACGCCCUUCUGCCUGCCGAGUCUUUCUUUCACACUGUGCUGGGAAACAGCCAUAUGUGUGAGUCGCUGGUGGAUAAUAAUCUGCGUGUGACCAACUGGAACAGGAAGCUGGGCUGUAAGUGCCAGUAUAAACACAUAGUGGACUGGUGCGGCUGUUCGCCAAACGAUUUCAAACCUGCAGACCUCAUCAGAAUACAGCAGCUGACGCGGCCCACGUUCUUCGCCCGCAAAUUCGAGUCCACCGUGAACCAGGAGGCCAUUGAGAUCCUGGACACUCAUCUGUAUGGCCAGUACCCGCCGGGCACGGUGGCACUGAAAGCAUACUGGGAAAGUCUGUUUGAGCAGGCUGAUGGGAUUUCAUCUCUUAAUGAUGUUGCCCUCACUGCAUACUCAUCCUUCUUUAGACUGGGUCUCCGUAGACAGGAGAGCACUCAAAGCACCACUGACAAAUGCAGGUUCGAACCCAUUGGCUACCCUGUUUCGGUGCACCUGUACUUUUAUGACGACCAUUUCCAGGGUUACCUGGUUAGGCAGGAGGUGCAAAAUGUGGCAAGCAGGUCACGGGAGAUGCUGGAGGUUUGGGCUGUUCCCCAGGCCACACUGCAGCUGGAACACAACCUGCAUGAGUUUGAGAGACUCAAACACCUUGAGGUCGGGACGGAGUGGGAUCCAAAGGAGAGAAUCUUCCGUAACUUCGGCAGUGUGAUGGGACCUCUGGACGAGCCUGUUGCAGUACAGAAGUGGGCUCGUGGGCCCAACCUUACAGCCACUAUUGUGUGGAUUGACCCGGCACAAAUAGUAGCAGCAUCCUAUGACAUCAGCAUAGAUGUUGAGGCAGAGUUCACGCAGUACAAGCCACCUCUUCAGCGUCCCCUCAGGCCUGGAGUGUGGACGGUACGCGUGCUUCGCCUGUGGGAGCGUGUAGCCGAAGCUCGCUUUCUGGUCAUGCCUCUCGCCUUCAAGGGACGUGAACCCCUUCGCACAGAAGACCACGGCUGGAUUCAUGCAGGUCCUCCGGGUAACGUCUACUUAGAGCAAAGCUUCCAGCAGCUCGCGCAUGUGUUGAAGCUGCCGCCCAGCGAGCCCGCCCUACAGGAGGCCCAGAAGAAGGCCGCCCUGGUGGGGAAGCCACUGGAAGCCUGGGUGGAUAGCUCUGUAGGAGCCUUCUGGGUUAGCGGAGAUAUAUGCUCCGAGAAGACCUCGUCCUGUCCCAACAUAGACCUCUGCACCAAGACCUCAUGGAGCUCGUUGUCCCCCGACCCUAAAUCCGAACUGGGACCACUCAAAAGUAACGGCCGUAUUAGGUAGCCCUUAAAGCAUGCGCACCCGGGGAAAAUUGUGAAUGCCCAUAAGGACAGUCUGCGGGAUGUUUACCAGUGAAGGUCUUUGAGACCGUCCCAUUCCUAGUCAAGGCACCUUCUGUUGAGGACAGCUGGAGGCUCAAUUUACAUGGGAAACUGUUCAAAUUUGCACAAGAAGACUGCCAGAUGUUGUACAAGUUUUCGAUGUUCUGAAGUUUUGAGUCUUAACACGUAGUGGUUGAUGAUACAAAGACCUCAAACCAUUUGACACUUUUGUUCUUUGUUACAAACAAAACCGUGCACAUUUUUCCUGUGAAACAGUUGCCAAACGUCUUCGUUAAAACUGCUGGAGUUCUCCGGCCGUACGCUAUGCUUAUUUUGAAGCAUUCAUAAUGAAUCUUCAAAAGCAGAUGGAUGAAGUGCACUUUACUGUAAGGCAAGCUCUUUCCAAUUGGCUGAAGAGGAGGCGGGACUUGAAGAAUCAUCAUAGAUCUUCACCGUUUGAUCAAUUGCGUCUUUCAGAUGCUGCUCAGAGACGUUGCAUGUACACAGUCAAGUACGUCGUCGUAACGAAAGCCGAGAUGUCGAGAAUCGAAGACUUGCGUUUUGUCUUUUUGUCAUUAAGCAGUCCUUUGUGUUGAAAAAACCCAAUUCGAAGGAUCCACUUCUGCAAGGUUCGAAAUGGGCUGCACAAAGAUCAUGAUGUAUGAAGACUGCCUGAAGUCACCCUGCUGAAUAUCAGUUAUGAUACAUACGCCAUCAUUGCCAUGUUAUAGUAUUUCACACUAAGUUCUGGUCUUCCUCCAGUUUAGUUCUGAGCUGUGUAGUUUCUAACCUAAACUAGUUUUAAUUUGCUGUUUGUUCUGGGUUGUGUAUGUUAAAGGAUAGUUCACCAUAAACUGAAAAUUCUGCCAUCGUCUCAAUCUGACUUUUCCUCAGCGGUACGAAGGAUGUUUUCGAAGAAUGUUCAUGCUGCUUUUUACUUUGUUACAGAAAGCGGAUAGUUACAGAUGAUGUCAAACUCUUAAAGGGAAAAAUGAUGAAAGAAAUCCAUCAAACUUGCACAAUUUGUACCAAGUCUUCUGAAUAUUAUGUAGCAAUACGGUAGCUUUGAGAAGCCGAUCGAGAUUCUCAUUCAUAUUUGAUGAUCAGUAAUGUCUUCAUGCUUUUAUUUUGAAUUAUGACGUGGAUUUGAUCACUUUAGAAGAUAAUAGCAAAAUCAUCUGGAUUAUUUUUAUGGUGCUCUUAAAAAAAAUGAAUGAGGAAUUGGAGGCAGAAUUUAAAUUUUUGGGUGAACUAUUCUUUAAAUAAAACAGUUUGGGUUAUGAAAGGUCCAUCUUUAUUUAAAUGUGUCAUUUUUUUUAACCACUUACAUUUUAUGGUCGUGUGUACUAUUUUGUUUUCAUCUUCAUGUUACAGAAAAUUGUUUAGUCCUACAAGAAAUGUAUCAUUUAGUGUGAAACGCUGCUUUUUAUUUGACGGAAAUGUUUCUGUUAUGGUGGAUGUUAAGCAGCCCAUUAAUCAUGUGGUUGAUUUACCAUUCGGAAAAUACUUAUUUUAAGUGUCCUUUUGUUCUUCGUAUACAUGCGAAGCGUUCGCGGUAUAAAAAGUGUAAUUGGGGUAUAAAUGAAUGAAUGAAUGAUAUUUUUCUAAGUCAAUUGUCAAACUGUCGGUCAGAACCUGAGAACGCUGCUUCAUCUUCUGUUUUGUGUCUUGACUCUGUUUUGUCCAUCUCACUAUUUGUCUGAAGGUCAGCGUGGAGCUGAAACUCGAGUCUGGGUCACAUUAAACCAGAUACUUAUUUUAGGGCCAAUGGGCAGCAACAAAUGGCACAUGAUGGCACAAUAAAAAUGUGAAAUCAA